AUGCAAGCAAGUGAGUUUAUUAUGCCGAUAGCGGUUUUUCUUUGUUCUUUCAUUCCUAGUUUAACUCCUACUAUGCUCCUUUCGUCCCCCAAGCUGCGGAAGCUUUAUAACAAAGCUAGUAUUAUUUCAGCCGGUUUAUUAUUUGCUAUUCUCUUUAUGGAUUUCAUUCCCCAUAUGGUUAAAGGGGGUCAUUCUUGUUGUGAUGGGAGUCCUAACUUAGGUUUAGCUGGUUCUUUAGAGGCGAAUGCAAGUGAGGUUAAGGCUCACCAACAGGCAGGAUGUACUUCUGGGUGUACGCAUACUCAUCAUGUUAAAACUGAAUCAAGUAGUACGCCUGGUCAGUUAGCGGGUAGUAAUAGUCAUAAUCACUCUCAUUCUCAUGAUCAUUCUCAUUCUCAUGAUCAUAAUGAUAAACAUGCUCAUGAAACGACUUUCUUUGGUCAUCAUGUUCAUGCGGUGAAGAAUUCCCAGUUGGGCUUAGCUAUUGCUGGUUUGGUUUUUAUUGGAUUGAUUGUGAUUGAUCAAAAGAUCAUUAAGCAUAAACAUUGUGAUAAAGAAGAUACAGAGGUAGUAGUUCAAGGUAGUGGGAAUAGAGGAGGUAGUGGUAGUGGUAGUAGUAUUUCUGGGCAUAGUCAUGGUCAUGGUCAUGGUCAUAGUCAUGCCGUGGGUAAAGGGAAUGAUGCUGAUAUUAACUUGUGUUGUACUGAAGGUCUUAAGUAUAAGACAACGGCUAAACAGGCACUAGUCUUUAUCUUUGUCUUUUCAGUGCACUCUAUCUUUGAAGGCAUGGCAUUUAGUCCUACUUCUGAGAAGAAUACUAAGAUUCUGUUUAUGGGUUUACUGAUGCAUAAGGUUUUGGAAUCUAUUACGGUAGGUGUAGCUCUCUUUUCUUCUACGUUUUCGAUUAAGGCCAGUACUGGUUUAUUAUUGUUUUACUCAUCUUUAACGCCAUUAGGUAUGAUUUUAGCUAUGACUAUUACGGGAGUAUUACAAAGUCCGUGGGUUCAUGAUGCCUUUAUGGGGAUGGCCUUUGGCAGUUUGAGUUUUAUUGUUUUGGUUGAGAUGUUACCUCCUAUUAUUCAUUCUUUAGUUGAUGUUAAGAAGAUUCUUUAUCUAUUAGGUGGGUAUUUUAUUGGAGCGGUUAUGAUUGUUUACGGCCAUGGCAGUUGUUGCUAA